AUUUUAAAAGUUAUGGGGGGACACGCAUUUUACCACUUUGACAGUGUCUCCCGCGCAAACUAUUCAGUUUAGAAAAAAAUGAUAUUAGAAACCUCAAUAUCAUUUUUGGAGACCUAUCCAUAGAUACCCCACACGUAUAGGUUUGAUGAAAAAACAUUUUUGAGUUUCAGUUCUAAGUAUGGGGAUCCCCCAAAAUUUUUUUUUCCUAUUUUUGUGUGAAAAUCUUCAUGCAGUUCACAGAAUACAUCUACUUACGAAGUUUCAACUGUAUAGUCCUAGUUUCGAAGAAAAGUGGAUGUGACACCCAGACGGACAGACAGACGGACAUGACGAAUCUAUUAUGGUUCCGUUUUUUGCUACGGAACCCUAAAAAGGUGGACAAGUGGGUGUCGCUUUGCUGUACAGAAAUUUACAGAUCAUCAAAACAAAAUUUAUCUUCAUACUAUGACACAUUAAACCUGAAACCAGGAUGUACAAAAAAAGAAAUACGUAACUCAUUUAUUAAAUUAUCUAAAUUGAACCAUCCAGAUGUCUGUGGUCCUUCUUCUAAUGAUAGAUUUGUACGUAUCAAUGAAGCAUAUAAUGUACUAAUAGAUGAAAACAAGAAAAAGUUAUAUGAUGAAACAUUGGUAUACACUAAGAAUAGUAAUCCAAUCUAUUAUCAUUACCGGGAACGUCAAAAUAGUGAAAAUUGGAAAGAUGUAUACAAUAAUCCAAAAAACCAUUGGCUAGCAUCAAAUAUUGCAAUUGCAGGUGUCUGUCUUUCUAUACUAGUUGUUGGAUCCAUAAUUCGAUAUAAGGGUAUAAAAAAAUCUGCCUCAAUGCGAAGUUUAUUGAUGGAUGAAUCUGAUGAACGCUUGUCCUUUUUAGAAGAACAAAAAUUAAUGAAAAUUGAUAAAACCAAUGAUGAGCUUGUAAAACUCUUUGAACAAAAUAUUGCAAAAGAAUAUGGUCAUAUCGUAAAAAAAUAAUUUGUUGUUACCUUGGAUUAUUUGUUUAUAGACUAUUAUUGUUAACUUUUUAAUGUUUGAAAUAAAUUUGUUGAAUUCAUACAAUAUUUAUACCUAUACAUUUCAGUAUUUGUAUUUUGUGAUACUAUAAAUAUUAUAAUAUAUUAGUUAUUCAGUUAUCACUGACAAAUUACAAUAAAAAUGUUAUAACACACCUAUAAUUUCAAAAAA